AUCGCCUUCCUCCCAGUAAUACACGAUUACAAAUGAAGACAAGUUUCAUUGAUCGACAUUGCGUGUGCUCGUUACAGAGUCAGCCAGUGGCCCGGGGGAGGUCUUACUUAGCUCACCGACCAGCAAAUAGAUCUGGUGACAUGUUGUACCAGUUUUCAUUGAACUUCGGAUCGGUUUCUGCGCCUGAAGUACUUCUGUUUUGCUCGACCCGCUCCAAUUUCAGGAGCGCGGCUUCACCAAGUGUUAAACGCCACAAUGAGGAGGAUGGUGCUGGCGGUGACGGCUGCUGGGGUCGGGACAGUAGCUCGCCAGUGAGGUCUGGGACAGCACUGCUUGGGUUCGGGGAUCCAACAACACUCCAGAGCACCGAGACGGCCAAAGCAUUCACAGCCACGGUCAGCGUCACAAGAAUCAGCCCAGAGUUGACUCAGCUUUCUCCAUAUGGAAAAGGAAGGGAAUAGUGGAAUUUAACACCGGACCCCAGGAGGAUAUGUCUGCAAGUCAUUGGAUAUCCAUGCUGUGAUCACUAUUUAAGCUGGGUAAAGAACGGCUGCAAACCAUGUUGAAGCAAGUGAAGCCAUGGAAGUCGAUGUGCAAGGGGCUCGUACUGGGGACGCUGCUCACUACCUGCAUGAUCCUACUGUAUUCUUUUGCGGCGCCGCCUCACCAAUUCAGCCUCCAGGAAGCUCCUGUUCCUUAUUCUUGCUCUUAUAAACCUACGCAUGCCAGGAACGUACCCCAGAUAAAUAACUCCCAUUCCAACCCAGAACUGAGCAAAACCUGUAUUCCCAAGGAAGAUAUCAUGUUCAUGAAGACACAUAAAACCGCCAGUAGCACUAUCCUCAAUAUCCUCUUCCGUUUUGGUCAGAAGCACCGGCUGAAAUUUGCCUUUCCCAAUGGCAGGAAUGAUUUCUACUACCCAUCCUACUUUGACAGGAGCCAGGUGAAGGAUUACAGGCCGGGCAUUUGCUUCAAUAUCAUCUGUAAUCACAUGAGGUUUAACAGUGAAGAAAUCCACAAGCUGCUCGCCGAAGACACUGUUUAUUUCACCAUCCUCAGGAACCCUGCUUUUUUAUUUGAAUCAUCAUUUCAUUAUUUUGGUCGUGUGAUCCCUUUCACCUGGAAAAUAAGUGGGGAGGACAAACUGGCCGAAUUCCUCAGGGAACCCAACCGAUACUAUGAUCCAAAUGGCUUUAACUCCCAUUACUUGAAGAAUUUGUUAUUUUUUGACUUUGGUUAUGACAAUAACUUGGAUUUUGAUGACCCCAGAGUAGAAAAGCAUAUUAAAGCUAUUGAUGAAAGAUUCGAGCUGGUAAUGCUUCUUGAAUACUUUGAUGAAUCCCUCAUUCUUCUGAAGGAUGUAAUGUGUUGGGAUAUGGAUGAUAUUCUGUAUUUUAAGUUAAACGUAAGGAAAGAUUCCACUGUAUCAAGAAUGAGCGGAGAAUUAUAUGAAAAGGCAACAAGGUGGAACCAAAUUGACUCCAUGUUAUACAGAUACUUCAAUGCUACGUUCUGGAGAAAGGUCAGACAGUAUGGCUUUGAACGCAUGGAGCGUGAUGUGGAAGAACUGCGCAAGCGCAAUGACCACAUGCAAUCCAUUUGCAUCGAUGGUGGCCGGCCAGUGGAUGCAAAUGCCAUUCAGGAGGCAUCCUUGCAGCCAUGGCAACCUCUAGGGGAGCGCUCCAUCAUGGGCUACAACCUCAAAAAGAACAUUAGCAGAAAACACAGAAAACUUUGCAGGAAAAUGCUCACCCCUGAGCUGCAAUAUUUGACUGAAUUAGGAGUUAAUCUGUGGAUAACAAAGUUAUGGUCCUACAUAAGGGAUCUGUUAAAAUGGUAGCUGGUCAGCUUUAAAACUGGGCUUCCUAUUCACGUGCUCUCGGUAUGACAGCCACAAGGAAUAGCAGAAGUUGAUUAUUGCCACAGACCAGGAGGAAAUCCAUGGGCAUUACAUUGAUGCCAUUGCAGAUUGCCUGCGAUUGAAAGGCAAUCAUUAAAAAUGUAAUAUAUCAAACACAACUGGAUUACAGUCAGUGUUUUGCUUUAUUUUCCCUUAAUUUCUAUUAGUAAAAUAGUCAUUAAUUUGGAAUCAAAGGUUCCACCAUACUAUGCUCUGUAAAAUAUCUGCCUCUAUUUACAGCCCCAACUCUACUUUGUGAAUGAUCACAAAUUAAAUAACUGUGAAUUAAUAAUAUAAUCAGAAAAAUCAGAACUUCAAACUAUAAGAUAAGAGUGCUUAAAGAUCUAUGGCUGAUGCCUCCAUGUAGACUCAUGAAAGGCAGCAAUAAGCCUUCAGAUUGAUGCUUAUCAAAUAACAUAAGACUUAUAUAAUGAUUAAGUACACAUUUGUAAGGAAUUUUAUACUGGCCCUUGAAAUCCAGAUUGCAUAUGUAAUCCCAAAUAAGGCAGACAUGGUUCGAAAAGACUGAAUUCAAAACUGCUUUUUCACAUCUUAUUAACAGAACCACCCAAUUUUGAAGGCUUUAUGUUGUCUCUAUGCAUGAUCAUAUCAAAGGUAAUUCUAUGUCACAUGAUCACAUCAAUGGCAAGGCAUUACAGGCUAACAACUCAGUGCAUUCUUACAGUAAUAUAACUUUCAGUUGGUAUGAAGUUAUCAUAAAUUAGCUGAACAGAUCAACCUGAUCUCUUUGUAAGAGGUCUCUUUUUAAAAUUUAUAUAUAUAUCCCAGACAAAUGUACAACUCUUAGUUACAACAUUAUCUGCAAAUUAAUUUUACAGGUUCAGUUUGGCUCAGUGGAAACAUUUGGGAUAAAAUGCAACUCAUCAUAAUAUGAAAUGUAUAUUUCUCAUUUUUCAAAGCUUUGGAUUAUCUGAGUGGCUGGUGACUGAAUUGGCUUAAUACCCAAGAUAAAUCGUUCAUUUGAUCCUGUAGACAGUGAUUCUUAUUAACAUAAUGCAGAUACAAAUAUUACUUGCAGCCUGAUUACAUACAAAUAGUUAGCAACAAGACAGGAUUUAUUUUCAUUCAUUCUUUCUCCUUUAUGACAUCAAUCAACAAAAACAACUUGCAUUUAUGUAGUGCAUUUGACGCAGCAAGCUCUUAACAGGAACAUAAUCAAAAUUAAGACAUUAUUAUCUGAAGUUAGCACUAAAGUGAACUUUCCAGUCAGCAGAAAAGAAAUCAGCAGGGCAUUCACCAUAAAACCAAUUAAACAAUCCCCUUACAGCAGCAAUGGUGCGAGACAUAGGAUCAUCUAUGCUCACGGUCAUCUAUGUGACCUUUCGGGUGGAGACCAAGAUGUAUAACCCAAAAGAGGAAAGUUGACUUUAAAGCAUUAAUUUGCCUGUAUACUUGGAAUGUGUUUGUAUUUCAAAUCAAGUAGCUUACAACAGUGUUAUUUUUUUUGUAUCAAGCACUCAGUAUUUUGUGUUUCUUUCAAAGAUCCAGGCAUUGACUAUUUGUAUAAAAUAAUUUUGGUGGAAAAGAGAACAGAAUUUUUAAAUCAAUAUCAUUAGAUUUGAAGGUAGUAUAGAUCAAUCAGUAGCACUCCUGCCUCUGAAUCAGGUGGCUGUAGGUUCAAGAACUACUCCAGAUACUUGAGUAUGAAAAUCUAGUCUGAUCCUCCAAUGCUUUACUAAAGAAAUGCUGCUCUUUUGGAUGAAUCAUUAAACCAAAUCCCUGUGUGCUCCCACUGGUGGGCAUAAAAGACCCAAUGGGACAGAAUUGAAAGAGCAGUGGAACUAUCCCUGGGUCUAGGCAAGAUUUAUUUAUCAAUCAACACCCAAAAAAAAAAGAUGGUCAGGUCACUGCUGUUUGUGGAACCUUGCUGGGUGCAAAAAAAGCUGCCACAUUUCCUAAAGCACAACAGAGGCUAUACUUUGAAUGUACUUCAGUAGAGGUAAAACACUUUGGGAUGUAAGAGAUGGAAGUUUAACAGAAAUGCAAGUUCUUUCUUUGCUUCUUGUAUUUUAAAAGGCUCACAAACAAUCAGUGGACCAGAUAUACGCUUGAACCUCACCCAAAUCUUACAAUUUUACUUUCUAUAUGUAGAAAACAUAUAAAAGUCUCAGGUUCAGUUGUGGUUUCUGGGCUGUGGAGUUUGUUAUUGUCUGGAAGAAGUGGAUGGUGGAUAGAGAACACAUUUAUCUUGUGUUCUGUGUUGCCAGUUCUGGGUUUCUGGUUAGAAUUUGUUAGUGCUUUUACAAAAGAGAUGUUCCUUAUUUGAUUUGAAUGGGUACCAUUGAAAUACAAUGGAUUUGAAAUGUUAAAGCAGUUGAAACUUGGCAGGAUGAGGUCAAGAUCAUUUAUAAUGCAAAUCUUAAACAUUUCACAGUAAGAAAGUCAGCCAUAUGGACUUUUUUAAAUGGUUUUAUACUGCAAAGUUACAGAAGCCAUAUAUCUGCAAUACACUUAAAUAAUCUUAUUGUUCAUCAAAAUAGUACAAUUUCUUUGAAAUAGUAUAAACAAAUGGUGCUAAUCUAUCUCAAAUUACAAACUUCAGAAUUUAGAUUAUGUAUAGAG